UCUCACAGCGAAAACAAAAAUAUUUGUAGUUAAACCCAGACUUGAGUCAGUCUUCGUCUCUCUCUUUCGAUUCCUUCAAUUCUUCCCUUCGAUUUGGUGGGUCUUCUACGUCAGAGAAGAAUUCAUCCUCAUCCAGAACGAACAAAGCUGCGUUUGUUUGUGUUCUUUGAUUCAUUUGAAACAGGUCAAAGAGGAGAGCGAUUCAAAUCAACAAAGUCUGAGCUGCUCAGGAGUCUAUUCCAUGUAAUUGUUUUUUCCCACUUCUAUAAGUUUGAGUUCAAGAAAUGUGUAUGACAUUGAUUUGGAAUCUCCAUUCUUUCUAGUGCCCUGAUUUUCAACGUGAAUCCAAGAAACUGGACCAUCUGUUCCACAGCAGGAACACACUAUGCUAAUAGCUUGUCAACCCCAUCCACUGGUUUACUUCUCUGUCAGAAGCAGCUCUAAAAGACAAGAUGGAUGGAAGAAUGUACAAAACUUGCAUUCAAGAAACUUUGUUAAGCUUGUAUUUGUGGAACCUCAGACCCAUAAAUUCGCUAUGCCUCUCUGCAAAAAUAGAUUGAAUGGAAUCCCAAAUGCAGAAGAUGGGCACCCUUCUGCCUCAAUGUCGGAGGACAUCAAUUCGAAUCCCGUGCUUGAUUCUAUGGCAGGAGAGUUGUGGAAUAAAUGGUCGCCUCCAAGAUACCUAUGGAGGGGGCUAUCAGUUCUUUUUCUGACUGGGCAGGUCAUUAUGAGGACUUUGAAGGGUAAAGUCCAUUGGAGAAAUACUCUCCAACAGCUAGAGAGAGUAGGGCCAAGAUCUGUGGGGGUUUGCCUUCUAACAUCUGCAUUUGUUGGCAUGGCCUUUACUAUUCAGUUUGUAAGAGAAUUUACUAGAUUAGGAUUAAACAGGUCUGUUGGUGGUGUAUUAGCUCUGGCAUUCUCCAGGGAGCUAAGUCCUGUGAUCACGUCCAUUGUGGUUGCAGGGAGGAUUGGAAGUUCAUAUGCUGCAGAAUUAGGAACAAUGCAAGUGUCUGAGCAAACAGACACGUUAAGAGUCUUGGGUUCGAACCCUGUCGAUUAUCUCGUCACUCCAAGAGUUUUAGCGUCCUGCAUUGCUCUCCCAAUUCUAACUUUAAUGUGUUUCACAGUUGGGAUGGCAUCAAGUGCCCUUUUGGCUGACAGUGUUUAUGGUGUUAGCAUCAACAUUAUCCUUGACUCAGCUCUGAGAGCUCUAAAAUCAUGGGAUAUUAUCAGUGCAAUGAUCAAAUCGCAGGUUUUCGGUGCUAUUAUUUCGAUUGUAAGCUGCGCUUGGGGUAUUACUACUUUGGGGGGCGCUAAGGGGGUCGGGGAAUCCACAACUUCAGCCGUUGUCAUCUCUCUUGUGGGCAUAUUUAUUGCUGAUUUCACCCUUUCUUGUUUCUUCUUUCAGGGAGCUGGAGAUUCCCUUAAGAACUGUAUGUAAAUUCAUUGAGCCCACACAUUUAAAAAUUUCAGUUGGGAAAAAGAGCAUGACAGAAUCUGCUGUUUACAACACACAUGACUCCAAGAAGUUUAACAAAUGGGAAACCAUUGCAGGCAUGUGUGAGUUUUAGUUUCAUUUCUUUUAGGCUGAAACAAGAACAAUCUGGCUUUUCUCUCAUAGUUUUCUUAUUGUCUAGCAAAAAAGUUGCCAUUUUUACGUAGGAUUUGAACCGUCCACAUUAUCUACCACAUAUGAUUAGUUUUUGAAUCUCAGCUCAUGUUUUUGUCAGUAGAGCUUUUGACAAA